AUGCUUCGUGGUGGAGCAUCUGCACCAUUACAACGCAGUACAUCAGGUACUGCACCAUCAAAUAUUCGAGAAAGCAUUGUUCAACGAUUAAUGUUGUCUACUCAAGUAGGAAACGUAUCAAAUGGAUCGGGACGAGUUGAACAACGAUCCAGAGAGGAGAUGCAACAAUUCAUGGGACGGGGUUUUCCAUCCGGUACAUUCCAACCUACACAAGUGUCCAGCGAGGUUAUGGACAUGUGGUCAAAUGUUUUGGGAACAGAAAAUUUCUCAUCCUUCAGUAAUGGCAGUUCUGCUUAUGGGUCGAGUGCACCGACAUUGUAUUUGCCAAAUAUGCUCAAUUUACCGCCAUUGCCACCCGUCUUUUUGCGUUGUCCUGAAUGUGGCAUUUGUAAAAUGAGUAGUGAAGAAAUGGAGGUUCACAUAAAAGUAGAACAUUUGCAUUGGAGUCCUUUCCAGUGCACUGAAUGCCUUGCUGAAAGAUCCACCGAUUUUCAGUUACGUGAACAUGUUCAUUCAACUCAUCGUAAAAGUUAUGAACUACAUCAGAAAUACAUUUAUGUUUACCACGACAAUCCCACUGCUAAACGGUUGCUUCAAUUAAUGAUGGAUCGUUGCCUCAUGACUGCGCGUCGUGUGCAGUCCUCAUCUUUGGUAGGUAGCUCUGAACCGUCUCCUACCGUGACGACAGCGACAUCAGCACCUUAUUUCCAUUCUUCCACGUGCUUGACAAAUAACUUACGGGAGCGAUUCGUAAAUCAAACGACUGAUGUGGAUAAGCGCUCUUCAUCAAGUGUCUCUCCUCCUCGUGAAUCAGUUACUGAAAACCCCAUGCGCAAUAUUAGUUUGUUGACUAACGGACGUGAUCCUGGAGCAGUUAAUCAGCAACGGUCUGGAUUCCCAUCAGGUGCAGCUAUUGGUGCUACUGCUACAGUAAUUCCGAAAAAACGAGCUACCAGUGCGGAAAAUGCGAUAUCAUGGAAUACCAAUACAGACGCAGUGUUGUCAGCAAUACGUGUCGCAACGCAUGAAAAUGUUGGUGAACAAGAUGGAGUGAUAGAAGGAUCCGGUACAGAAGACAGGACAGAAGGAGGAGAAGUGGAUAGUGAAUACAUAAAUAUUGCUAGUAGCAGGCAUGAAGUCAAAAAUGCAUUUGAUGUUCCCAUGGAUCAGUCGACGGUUGAGCAGUCUGAUGAAGCACUAUUAACUGCAAUGGCUCUUGAGGCAGCGAAUCAUGACACGACAGAGAUUCUUGGAAAUGUUGCCGCAAUAUUUAGUGCCGAAGGUGUAUCUAGUCAGUGGAAACAGCGAAGUCGUAGAACUAGUAGUCAUGCUAGUGCAGAUGGCGUGAGCUCUAGUAUAAAAAAUGAACGAAGAAGAGCUACUAAGAGCAGCUUGGCAAAAAGACGCAUGAUGGGAAUAUGCAAAUGCAAGCAACUCAUUACUGCUGGGGCUCGGCAGAUGCAUGUAUUUUAUCAUAUGGCAAGAGAUCGCCAGCUCUAUCGUUUUCGCUGUAAGUAUCCAGGGUGCCAGGUGCAGCACUACAGAAAAGAUCAAAUGGAAAAUCAUCAGUCGAAAGUACACGGUGCGAUAAAUCCAAUGUUGAUCCAAGAUCGUACUGCUGAGCUAUUCAAGAUCUCUCAGGAAGUAUCAAUGGAUCUUCUUGGAACAACAGGUAAUAAGCCUGGUCCAACAGCAGUACGUGCACAAAUGAUUUAUGACUCAAUGGCAUCAAGACGGACUCGAAAUCCAAGAACAACGAGGAAAAGAAAGAGAACAGUAGAUAAAGCUUCACCUGUCGAAACAGACCAAGUGACUUCUUUUGCUGUAGAUGCUACAUUGUGCAAGGCUUCUAAAAUUCCUGUAGCACAAGAGAAUCAAUGUGGUAUCGCAGAAGAUUAUCAGAACUAUCAGCAGGAACAAGAGCUAAUUCAUUCUGUACCUUCCACAUCAGAUGCAGUUCCGUUGACUGAGCCAGACGAUGAUCAUCAGUUACACUGUCAAAAGUGUGAAAGACCGAUUCGAAAUAAGGUGCGCGGCUUUCAUGUUUUGUGGCACUUGUCCAAAGAUCUUGGUAUCAACCGUUACAUUUGCAAAUUUUGUGGUUUUGGUCAUGAUCGGAAGCAAGUUGUUGUAAGCCAUGGAAAAAGAGAGCACAAUAUUGAGGACUGUUGUGAAGAUCGAGUUGAAGAAUAUUCGGACGAAGUAAGGGCGGUAACUGAACAGUGUUUUGGGUUGCAGUCGAAGUCACCCCAUGAUACUCAUUUGCAAAAUAAGGCUGUGCAACCAUCAAGUGAAGCAGUCAGUGAGAUGCAAGCGACUACUGAUACUAUGGAAAAUGAUGCUCCUGCUAUUACAACUUCUGAAGAAAAUGAAGACGCGACAAUAUGUAGUUCGGAUGAUAAUGAUGCAAACGCAUCAGUACCAUCACAUGCUACAGAAUUGAUGCAGCCAGCACAGCUUCAAGUUGAAUCGUCUGUAGAAAGUACUAUGCCACGAUUGCACGCAUCCACAUCAUCUUACCGUGAUCGGAUGAGAAAAGCUAGAAACCGUCGAUUUGGAAUUCGUAAACUGCCUUCUAGAUUAAAGCGCAAAGAGAUGGCGAAAUUGCGGGAAAUUAGUAUGCGUCUUGGAGGCGCGCAAUAUUUCAAAAAACGUUUCAACGAAGCUGCUCACUGUCAAAAGUGUGGAGUGCUGACCACAUCGAGACUGAGUGACCAUGCUUACAAACAUCUUGAUGUCCAGCUUUUCCUUUGUCCUCAAUGCGAUAUUGGAAAUCAGUCACGUGACUUAGUAGUGAAACAUAUCCGUGAUAUACACAACAGUCAAGAACAUCCAAUAGAUGAACGUUGGAAAUAUCGAGUCGAAAUCAAAGAAAUCAUUCGUGAAUGUUACCCAGCGAAGCAAAGUUUGUCGUCAGGGCGGUUUUUUGAUGUUAUUGGAACAACAGAUGAUGAUCAAACAGAAAGUGUUGACGCUAUUCCUGAACAAGACGGUAUUGGAGAAGCUGAUUCAGAUGAUGACCACCAAGAAGGUAUUGAAAAUGCUGUAGAUGACCAAACUCAAGAACGUUUCGUAAUGGAGAAUGAUCACGAUCAGUUGGCAGAUGGUGAUACAAGUAGUGAUGAUGCUAUAGCUGAACUCAAUGAAAACGAUGGGGGAGAAUCUGCCUGUUCAUCAUUUGAGCGAUCGUCAUCAUCCAGAAUACUUCAGAACGAAAGACUGGUAGGAAACCGUAGAACUGAAGUGAAAAAUGAGUCAGACGAUCGUUCUGAUUUAAGUGAAGUCGAAAUCGUGCAUAGUGCAGAGGAUGAAGAAGAAGAAGAAAUGUGA